AUCAACAUUGUAGAAACGUCAAAAAACCACCAAAAAAAAGAAAUUCCCGCAUGAAAAUUUAUUUUUUUCAUAGAAAAAUAAUAAUUUUCUACAAGAUUUAAUGCGAAAAUGUUGAAUUUUUAAAACAAAACACAAACAACAAGGCUAAAUAAACCUUGAAGAAUAAAAGUAACAAAUAAAAUUGCCAAAAAUCAACAUAAUUCCAUAAGAAACAUAAAAGGGUUCUAUAGCAAAAGUCUUUCACUGAAAGAAGUUAAGACGGUGACAACAAAACGUAAAUAUUAAAUAAAAAUGCUGCCGCUUACACAUCGAGAUCGCGGCAAUUGCAUGUACCGCAUUAAAGACAGCUUGAAUAGUUGGAAACGAUUGAUUUUCUCGGAUAAGAAUUCAAGAAACUUAUUUUUAUUUCUGCUGUUAAAUUUUAGUUUUGCCUUUGUGGAACUAUUCUAUGGCAUAUGGACCAACAGUUUGGGUCUUAUAUCGGACUCAUUUCAUAUGUUCUUUGAUUGCACUGGUCUUUUGGCUGGUUUGGCUGCUUCAGUUAUCACAAAAUGGAAAGCCAAUGAACGUUUCUCAUAUGGUUAUGUGAGAGCAGAGGUAUUGGCGGGUUUUGUUAAUAGUCUGUUCUUAAUAUUUGUGGCCUUCUUUAUUCUGUCGGAGGGUGUUGAACGUCUAAUAGAACCACCAGAGGUGAAGCAUGAACGUCUGUUUGUUGUCUCCGUAUUGGGUUUGCUUGUGAAUCUUGUUGGUAUUUAUGCCUUUAAUCAUGGUGGUCAUGGUCACUCACAUGGCGGUGGUGGCCAUGGACAUUCGCAUGGAGGAGGUGGCGGACAUGGUCAUUCACAUGGUGGUGAUGGUGGUCAUUCACAUUCCAACAAUCAUUUGGAUUCUAAUAGUCAUCAGGCCAUAUUAUUGGAUGAUGGACACGGUCAUUCACACGAUCACGGCGCUCACUCACAUAACGAUGACGUUGGCGGCCACAACUCACAAAUAAUGCGCGGUGUCUUCCUUCACAUUUUAGCUGAUACUCUAGGCUCAGUCGGUGUCAUUAUUUCUGCCGUUUUAAUGCAUUUGUUCGGCUGGAUGAUAGCCGAUCCAAUUUGUUCAAUUUUCAUCUCUGUGCUAAUUGUGCUUUCUGUCUUAAGUCUCAUCAAAGAAUCCAUUUAUGUAUUAAUGCAAAGACAACCUGUCAGUUUAGAUCGUUUACUACCUCAGUGCUAUCAAAAAGUCACCGGUUUGGCUGGUGUUUACGCCGUACAAGAACCUCACUUUUGGACAUUAUGUUCGGAGGUGUUUGUGGGUGCUAUAAAGCUGGAAGUGUCACGUAAUAUUGAUCCUAAAUAUGUGGUAUCGCAUACACGUAUGAUUUUCGAAUCGAUAGGCGUUAAACAAAUCUAUAUACAAUUGGAUUAUGUGUGAUAAUUUUUAUAUUUAUAUGUAUGUACUAUAUUUAAAUAGAAUAUUUAAAGAAAGCCUGGUUUUUUGCAAAUGAUUUCUCUCAACAUUAAUGAUUUACUUUACUAUUACUACUUCUACUAUUAAUAGUUUAGGUAUUUGUUUAUACACACUAUUUACAAAACAAUGCAAAAUUAUGGAAAAUUUCUUCAGAAUCAUUUCGUUUUUACUUCUUCUUUUUAUAUUUAAAAACAAACUGUACAAUUGAGAACUAAGUUCUUUACUAUUUUUUAGUGUUGAUUUUAAAAUUAUAUUAAUUAUUAUUAGACUGUUCGUUUUAAUUGCUAUUUCAUACGAACACACACACAAAAAUAGUAUUUAAUCACAAAAAUAGUAAAAUUAACGAACAGCAACAAUUUUAAGUCCAUAUUUAUUGUUUUUGUAAAGCUAUUAAUUAAAUCAUUCCAACACCAAACUUUAAAGUUUUUUUUUUAUUUUUUUAAUUCUUUUAAAUUUUUUUUAGUAAAUUUAAAUGCUAUAUAACAUAGUUUAGAACAAAAUUAAACGAUCUAAAUAGAAAUAUCAAUUCAAAGGACUGUCAUAUAUUAAUAAACAAACAAAAAUAUAAGCGUAAUAACAAACAAUAGUAUAGAAUUAAAACAAAACCCAAGUGCAGCAACAGUUGUAUAAAUAUUUACUAAGAAAAUAGAUGAAAAUGAAAAAAACUAAUUUGAAAUGUAAAUAAAUGAGUUUUUUAUUUAAAAAAAUUAUAUUAAAA